AUGUUUAAACAUUUUGGAAAAAGCAACAUAAUAUUGUGUUUAUGCAAACGUUAUUAUGUCAGAUUAGUAGAAGUGGGACGGUUAAAUACACAAAAGCUGAAUGAAAAAUAUGACAUUGGUCAGUUGUUUUUUCACCAGAUAUUUGGAUACAGAGGGGUGAUAUUGUUUCCGUGGUUAGUCACACUAUACGACUUUGAUGAUGUCAUCGAAGCAGACAAUGCAGCGGAAAAAGUUAUUAAAGGAAAGACACACAUGUACUAUCAAACUUUAAUAGAUGAAAGGGACUAUCCAUUUAUUAGGGUACAAACAGAACCUGUUACUUGUCUUGGAAAUCAGGACACCGGUCAUAGCUCGUACGCGACACUGGGUCUAGAUUAUGUAGCUCAGGAAGAUAUACUUCCAUACACAGCAACUGAAAAACAACCGUUUCAACAUAAGUCUUUUAAUAAAUUCCUCAAGUAUAAUCCUAAAAAAGAUCCACCAUUUAGGACACAGGGAACAUUGCAAUCGUGGCAAAAAAAAAUCACCUUUGGCUGGAGUUGUCGGAUGUUCAUAAAGAAACUACAGAAAAUGUUAGGAUAA